GUGAGUGCACGAGUCUCUCUCAGUUAAAUCGCCGAAACCAUUUCUCAAUCCCUCCGCCCAAAUCCUUCAUAUAAGCUUCCUCUCCCGCUCCGGUUCCACUUCAUUCGCUCCAAUUUCCCCAAUCGGUUCGGGAUUUCUCGGAAUUGCAGUGUCGAAUUUCGAGAACGAAUUCCGAAUUUUCCCGAUGGGCGCCGUCUCUCAGUGCUUCGGAGCUGCUGCCGCUCUCUCGGUCUCCUCCGUCAAUUCCAGGAAGCUCCACCUACCUUCCCGCAGAUCCUUCCCAGGGAGGAAAGCGAACUUCUUUGUUGUCAGAUCUGACGCCGGGGUCAGCUCGGGUUCGAAUUCGAAGCCUCGCCGGGCUGAUCAGCUGAUUACCAAUGCUGUUGCAACCAAAGCUGAUGGCGCUGCAGCUUCGACCGCAUCGAAACCUGGGCAUGAACUUCUGCUUUUCGAAGCCUUGCGGGAAGGAUUGGAGGAAGAGAUGGCUCGGGAUCCCACUGUAUGUGUAAUGGGUGAAGAUGUGGGCCACUAUGGAGGAUCGUACAAGGUGACCAAGGGCCUGGCUGAUAAGUAUGGGGAUCUCAGGGUUCUUGAUACUCCUAUCGCUGAGAACUCCUUUACGGGUAUGGGUAUUGGAGCUGCCAUGACUGGUCUAAGACCAAUUAUUGAGGGCAUGAACAUGGGAUUUCUUCUGCUGGCUUUUAACCAGAUUUCCAACAACUGUGGUAUGCUCCACUACACUUCUGGUGGUCAGUUUAAAAUCCCAGUGGUUAUCCGAGGUCCUGGUGGAGUGGGAAGGCAACUUGGGGCUGAGCACUCACAACGUCUUGAGUCCUAUUUUCAAUCUAUUCCCGGAAUUCAAAUGGUUGCAUGCUCAACCCCUUACAAUGCCAAAGGUUUGAUGAAAGCUGCCAUUCGAAGUGAUAACCCAGUGAUUCUGUUUGAGCAUGUGUUGCUGUACAAUCUCAAGGAGAGAAUUCCAGACGAAGAGUAUGUGUGCAAUCUUGAAGAAGCUGAGAUGGUCAGGCCUGGGGAGCAUGUCACUAUCUUGACAUAUUCUCGGAUGAGGUAUCAUGUGAUGCAGGCUGCCAAAACUUUGGUGAACAAGGGUUAUGAUCCCGAAGUGAUUGACAUUAGGUCAUUGAAGCCAUUUGAUCUCCACACCAUUGGGAACUCAGUGAAGAAAACACACCGCGUGCUGAUUGUGGAGGAGUGCAUGAGGACAGGUGGAAUUGGUGCUAGUUUGACAGCGGCAAUCACCGAGAACUUCCAUGAUUAUUUAGAUGCCCCUAUCAUGUGCCUGUCUUCACAGGAUGUGCCGACUCCAUAUGCUGCAACGUUGGAGGAAGUGACUGUUGUUCAACCUGCCCAGAUUGUGACGGCGGUUGAGAAACUCUGCCAGUAAGUAAUUGCAGUAGCAUAAGUUACCUCUCUUUCUGAGCAGCUUUUCUAGCAAUCUCCAGUUAAUUUCAGAUUUCUUUAGCAGUAUUGUGUUGCCCGAAAAUUUGCAACUGUUCAAAGUGGUACAAGCUUGUUUGUUUUUAUUAAUCAUAAUCGCAUGUAAGAUCAUGUUUAUCCUGUAGAACGGUGCGAAUAAGGAUUAUUGAUUUAAAUUUACCCAUGUAAUAGAUAGGUCCAAUUGCUAAAUUGAGUGUGAGGUUCCAA